ACAGACUUUAUCCAAAUAAGGAAAGGUGCAUGAAUAGGUUUGAUGUGUAACAUAUUAAGUAAUACCGUAUUUCAAAGUACUGCGCGCAUAAUCUUUUUAUUUAGCCGCACACUUUGAGCCAACCAAUAACAUCCAUUCUCUGUAAACGUAAGUAAACAAUGUCCAAGAACAAAUUCCACGUUAGUAUUUUUGUUGUUAUUUAGACGUUUAUUAACACUCGAACUCAAAACUGCACGACAUCGCAUACAUAUCCCAUGCAGUCUUUAAAUCGCGUUGGAGACAGGACUUGGUUGAUAGAUGUUAUCUAGGUAACGCUAACUAGCUGCUAAUGUUACCUAACAAUGGCUAACUAUAUGGUUUUUCACACUCAAAUAGCCUCCAUCAUGGAGGUGCUAGCGAAUUCAGCCGUGGCAGAGAUCUGUAAACUCGUAGACGACGACUAUGCAGUGUUUCGUUUAGAAAUUUCUCAAAGCCAGAAAGAAAACAGGGCAUUGCGGAGGAAACUACAGCUACUGGAACUGAAGGUGUCACGGGAGCGCGCAGAGAGGACAACGAGAGAUCGCGUCCUCGCCAGUCGUCCCAGUAGUGUCAAGAUCCUCGACCGAUACAGAGGAAUGGCAAGAGGUGAAGGACAUCUCACUGGAGGCCACAGGAGCUUUGUGAACCCAGCGGGACACAGCACGUGGAGAGAUGACCAACCCAUAGCUGCUGUUGAGGGGAGUGCAACAUCAACCCAGCAUGUUAUCGUGAUAGAGUCUGCAGAUGCAGAGGCUGCAGAUCCUGGGGUCAAGCAGGAGAGGACUGAAGGAGAGGACCCAAGACACAACAGAGACAUCCAGACUGGAGCAGUGGUUGGAGUGGCGCCCCCUGUAGCCAUGGAGGACCUCCCCACCGUCACCAUGCCCCAGGCCAGGACCCGACGCAGCAUCAGGGAGGAGGAGGAGGGUCCAGAGGUGCUGCUGGUGAAGGAGGAGGGGUGUGAGGAGGGUCUGGGGAACCCUGAGGGGACCAUAGUCGUGGAGGACAACCAGACUACACCUCCUCCUGAACACACAGAGGAACCAGCUGAGCAGCACAGGACCACACACAGUCUCACUGAGUCAGUAGACAUGGAAGAUGGGAAGCCUGAUCUGCUGCUGGUCAAAGAGGAGACAAAAGAGGACGAACCAGAGAGCAUUGAUCUGCUGAGUGGACUAAAGAUGGGGGAGCAAGGUAAUUGGCUGGAGGCUAACAGAGGAGACUGGGUGGACAUCUUGGACUCCCACACCCAGGCGGGUGUAGCCAAGGGCCCAGGGGACAACAUCACUGAGCAGGCCAGGACCAGAGGUGACAUAGUGGAGGUCAGUGGAUGGGACAGCGCCCUCAACUCUGGGCUGGGGAACAACACUAUUAACCACAACCAGAAACAGACAGUCGAACACAAAACAACAUCUGAACUUAGUCUCCAUGACAACAGACUGGCUGAGACCAGGGCGAGGCGUAGAUUUGCAGGUGUCCCAAUGCGGCUGGUGAGAACGGACACAGACUCGGCUAGCGAUGCUCCGUCCUGCUCCUAUAGUUGUGAUUCAGAGAGACUGAUGGCGCCUCAGGUUAACCCCCUAACAGGUGCUGCCUUCAGCCUGCCUUCUAUAGGAUCUAUCAACUGGAACAUGGACCCUGCGACAACACAGACACUCCCUGGCCUUCAUCCUCCUCACACUAUCCUAAUGUUAAACCAGACCUCAGACAAUGCCAGUGCCUCAACACUAAAUGGUUACACAAGCCCAUUGACAAAUGACAGUAGUAGUAACCCUAUCAGCAGGUCCAGUGGCAAAGAGAAGCACUUCCCAUGUUCGUUUUGUGGGAAAGUCUUCAGUUUCCCCAAACAGUUGGAGAUCCACCAGAGGAUGCACACAGGGGAGAAACCGUUCGGCUGCCAUCUUUGCCGGUUGAGUUUUUCCCAGUUGUCCAACCUGAAGAGGCACCAGAGGGUCCACACAGGGGAGAAACCCUACAGCUGCCCCCAGUGUCACAUUCGCUUCACCCAAGCUGGCAGCCUGAAGAGGCACCUGAAGGUCCACACGGGAGAAAGGCUGUUCGCCUGUACGCACUGCAGGAAGAGGUUCUCAGAGAGGAGCUACCUCAUGAUACACCAGCAGAAAAAACAUUCCACUCUAUAAAAUAGCAACAAUCCACUUUAUAGCUUUUUACGUUUAGAUCAAACCCUGCAUUUAAGACAAAGAUUACAUUUCAUUGUUGUCAGCAGAAAAGAUCCACAGAUGCAUUUGGAAUAACAAGGUUAACAGAUUUCAGUGUUGAAUAUUCCUGGGUAGAAUAUUGCAUCCAGACAUCGUGUGAUAUAUAAGGUGUACAGUGGGGGGA